AUGGGUAGCGGUGAAAUGGGAGUUGCAGAGAGUGACGGUGCUUCCCUACCCUCAAUCGGAGCCGACGCAAUGAAGCGAAGAGUAACCUACUUCUACGAACCAACCAUCGGUGAUUACUACUACGGCCAAGGCCACCCAAUGAAACCCCACCGAAUACGCAUGGCUCAUAACCUCGUCAUCCACUACGCACUUCACCGUCGUAUGCAAAUCAACCGUCCUUUUCUCGCCGGUCCCGAAGACAUCCGCCGUUUUCACGCCGACGACUACGUCGACUUCCUUUCCUCCGUUUCGCCGGAGAUUCUCUCCGAGAAUUCUCACUCUCAUUACCGUCAGCUCAAGCGGUUCAACGUUGGUGAAGAUUGUCCUGUUUUCGAUGGACUUUUUCCGUUCUGUCAGGCCUCUGCUGGUGGAUCGAUUGGUGCUGCUGUUAGGCUGAAUCGCGGUGAUGCUGAUAUUGCUAUCAAUUGGGCUGGGGGAUUGCAUCAUGCUAAGAAAGCUGAAGCCUCUGGGUUUUGCUAUGUUAAUGACAUUGUUCUUGGUAUUCUCGAGCUUCUUAAAGUUCAUAGGCGUGUGGUGUAUGUUGAUAUUGAUGUCCAUCAUGGAGAUGGCGUUGAGGAGGCAUUUUACACUACUGAUAGAGUGAUGACAGUGUCUUUUCACAAGUUUGGCGAUUUUUUCCCGGGAACUGGGCAUAUUAAAGACACUGGGGUGGGCUCUGGAAAAGACUAUGCUGUAAAUGUUCCUUUGAAUGACGGAAUGGAUGAUGAGAAUUUCCGUGCUCUGUUCCGUCCCAUCAUGCAAAAAGUCAUGGAUGUUUAUCAACCCGAUGCAGUUGUUCUUCAGUGUGGAGCUGAUUCAUUGUCUGGUGAUAGGCUGGGUUGCUUCAACUUGUCUGUGAAGGGUCAUGCAGACUGCCUUCGUUUCCUUAGAUCUUUCAAUGUUCCUCUGAUGGUCUUGGGUGGGGGAGGAUACACAGUACGGAAUGUUGCUCGUUGUUGGUGUUAUGAGACAGCAGUGGCAGUAGGAGUGGAGCCUAGUAAUAAGUUGCCAUACAACGAGUAUUAUGAAUAUUUUGGCCCAGACUAUACACUUCACGUCGAACCAAACAACAUGGAGAACCUAAACACACCCAAGGAUAUGGAAAAAAUCAGAAACAUGUUACUUGAACAAAUUUCCAGACUUCCUCAUGCACCCAGUGCACCUUUUCAAACAACACCGCCAAUUAUACAAGUUCCAGAAGAGGAAGACGAGGACAUGGAUAUAAGACCAAAACCUCGCAUAUGGAAUGGUGACGAUUAUGAUUCUGAAGACGAUGAUGAAUAUGAAGAUGAGAAGGCCAGUAUAAGGAGCUCAAACUUAUCUGCCCGUAUGAGGCGUUCAGCAGUUGAUAUGGAAGAAGACAAGCCAGAAGUUAAGCCUGAUGUGCAUUCGUCCUCGUCGUCCUAA